AUGGCAGAAGCGUCAACAACCUAUAAAACAACAGACAAACAAGCAUCUAACCAAAACGGACUAGCUCUCGUUUGGUUGGAUGAUAAUGCUCUUCAAGAUCCAGACGCAAAGGGAAUAUUUCUUUCUCUUUUCAAACAAGUCUUGUGCUUUAACCAGCCUCUGGAAUGUCUGGAAUUGGUUGAAUCGGCGGAUGGUGAACCAGCAUGUAUAUCGAUGCUCGUUUCAGGGAAAUACGGACAAAUGUAUGUGCCAAAUCGUCUCCAACCAUUGAAUCAAAUAAAAUCUAUUUAUGUCUAUUGCAUGGACACCGUCAGACAUAAUCAAUGGGCACAAUUGUGUGAUAAAGUUCGGUGCGUCGAGUCGGAUUUUGGUAAAAUAUUUGAGUGUAUACAGAAAGAUUUGAAGCCGCCUGAAAAACCAGCCCACCAUCAACCUCAGCAUGAACAUCCAACGAUGGAAGUUGAGUCACCUCAAGAGCAAGAACCAGAGCCACCUCGAGAAGAAUUUGUUUCCAAACUAACAGAACGCUUCACAACUGGCGCUAACCUUCACGAUCAGCUUGCACUUCAACUACUAGUUAAAAAGCCAGCUAAUGAUGACGAUGGCGUUGACGACUUUAAAAAGUACUGUCAAAAUCAUGCAACAACUGCGAGCGUUGGAGAGGUAGAUGACCAUUUUCAAGUGGAUAUACCGCUUGAAAACUGGUAUAAACCCGAUCUAUGCUAUGUUCAUUUAAAUGCAACUCAUUUGAUUGAGUUGUGGGCAUUACGUUGGUUUAUUCGAAUUUUUUAUGAACAAUUGACUGUUAAACAUAACCAAUUCAAUGCAAACUCAUCCACACGGACCGUUUAUUAUGGUACAUGGGUGAGGACAGGUGAACUUGACAAGAUCAAACAACGUAUAGGUGAAUUUAUCAUAUGCAAUGAAAUUCUUCUAGCUUAUACAAAUAUGCACGACGCUGCCAAAUUUGUCGAUGUAAAAAUCGAUGAUCAUGUGAAGCACAGAGUUAUCUUCGAAAUCAAUAUCGACAAAGAUACUCAAUUUACUAUUCCCUACGGUGAAUUGGACAAAGAUCGCGUUCUAUUUUGGUGUGGGUCACGACAUCGAAUAAUUAAAGUUGAACUCAUGGACGGAAAUGAUUCGUGUUGGCUAGUCGGUCUGAGUUUAUCUCCAACAUUGAAUCGAAAUCAAGCAACACAGGAUCUCUACGAAAACUAUUCGCAGUCUUUGAGGAAUCUAGAUGAUACUCAUCGAGCAUUUGGAAGAAUCCUCAUCUAUAAAGGUUUAUAUACCCAAGCAGAAAAAUGGUUCGAAAAUACCACCCAUUACGAAGAAUUAGCUGAAGUUACCCUACGUCAAAAUCUUUGUCAAAAAGCCUCUGACUAUCUGCAACAAUUGCCGGAGGAUUCUCAUUCAGCCAAUUUGUUGCGUGCUUAUGUUCAUCUUCUAACAUCCAGUGAUAAUAUUGGCAAAGGGAAACUUCUACUAACGAAAAUCUAUUCGGACGCGAACGAUGAUAUCGUCGGAGCUCGCGCAGCUAUUGCUCUUGGAUUCAUUGAGUUUAUUGUCACUCAAAAGACUGAAGAGGCAUUGAAAUAUUUCACUUCUGCACGUGAUAUUUUACACAGAAGCGUACCCGAGAUUCAUCCCGAUGUCGCUAAAUCACUGAUCGCGAUUGGCUAUGUUCAUUUCGCUAAAGAUAAUUUCAGUGAAGCAGAAAAGAUUUUUCGAGAAGUUCUCUCAAUACAAAAUCAAUGUUUACCGCACAAUCAUCCAGAUAUAGGUAAAGGUCGUAUUGGUCUGGCACAUUGUUUGGCAUCGAAUCCCAAAAAAGGAAGAGAAGCAUUGCAAGAGCUGGGUACUGCAAUCCAUACGCUGAUUCGCGCGUAUCGUCGAACGUUCAAAACUCACCCAGAAGUACUGCUUACAAACAAAGAAAUCGAACGGGUACAAAAUGAUAAGAGACUGCGUGCACGAAAUUUACUAUUUGAUUAUAUUUAA